AUGAAUAAUAGUUAUAUCCAAGACAAUUGCCUCUUAAGACAGACAACGGCGCCAAUUCCAAGCGAAUAUUUAAAACUAAUGGCGGAACAAUAUUCGGAAUUAGCACAAAUAAGAGAAUACAAUCAACAGCCAUUCUAUUACGAAUCAAAUGAAAUAGACAGAAUAUCAGGAAAUAUUUACGAUAAUGGAAGGGUUGUAGAAACACCUUCAGAUACAGAAUAUAAAUUAAAUGACACACCAAAUAUGAUGGAUUUUUAUCCUUCCAACAAUACAUUUGAUAGUGAUAAUAGUACCAUAUGUAGUGAGAAUGAGGAAGUUCCAAAAAGCCAAUUAGAGGUAAACUUAUUUGCAAAGGCAUUCAAUCAAAGUUAUUUAUCUUUAGUGGAUAGAGAAGCAAUGAAUUAUGAAGUUCCUUAUGCUAAAAUAAAGAAUGAAGAAAGCUCUCCAAAAAUUUCAAAGCUUGAAAUCAUACCAAGUAAGUUGAGUAAUUUUGAAGUUAAAAGGAAGAGUCCAUCUUCAAAGAAGCCAGUUUUGAAGACAUUAAUUUUUAAAAAUAAUAAUGAACAGAUUGCCAGAUCUUGUAGAAAUAAGUAUUUAAAAUCUGAUACAAAUUCUUUAAACAAGAUUAAGAAGAGAAAGCUUGUAUUGGAUGAAGAACGUAGAGCAUAUCUACUAGAAAAAAAUCGUGCUGCUGCUUCGAAAUGUAGGAGAAAGAAGAAGAUUGAAGAAUUACAACUCAAGACUGAUGUCGCAAGAAUGUCAAAGGAAAAUAUAUUUCUAAAAAAUAGGAUACAAUAUUAUGAAAAAUGGAUGGUAGAAUUUCAAAUAUUCCUUAGAGAACAUUUGAAAUCCUGUAUGUUUGACGACAAUACCAAUUCUAUGGUUAAUGAAUUCUUGCAGAAUUAUAAUCCGGACAUUUAUAAUUUCUCAAAUGACACUACUGGCUAUUGUUGA